AUGUUUGAACAUCGACGAACUGUUCAACUAAAUUUCAUGGUUGACAACAGCAAAUAUUUGAGUUUGGAGAGUAAUUUCAGCUAUCAAUGGUUCAUUCAGAAGACAGAAAUAAUCAGCAAUGGAGUGGAAGUUUUGAACUUACAAAAAUUUAUAGACGAGAAGAAUAAGCCGGAAACAAAAGGCAGCAAAAAAGGCGAUGAAAAGAAUCAUCAAACAAACGAAAAAUUUCUCACUCUUCUGUCUCGACAUCACCAACAACAUCAUGAAAAUUGA